AUGGGCGAACCGGCGAAGCCGACGCCGCCGCCGAAGCGCGAGGGCAACUUCGAGGAGCAGCUGCGCUCCUUUGACAAUGUUCCGCUCUUUAUGCGGAAUCUCCCCGGGGAGGACGAUAAGAAUGUUGCGCUGGACGCGCUGCAGGCGCUAGCGUACGAAGGCCACCCCGACGAUGCAGCAGAGAACUUUAAGAAGCAAGGCAACGAGUAUUUCCUUGCGAAGCGGUACCGCGAGGCGCUUGGGUUCUACCGCCAAGGCCUCGAGGCCAAGCCCGGCGGCCGCCCUCUAAUCGAGUCGCUCUAUUUGAACAGCGCCGCGUGCAACCUCGAGCUGCAAAACUAUGGGCGUGCGCUGAUUGAUACGCGGAAUGCGAUGCAGGUGAACCCCGACUCGCUCAAGGCGCUAUACCGCGCCACGAAAGCGUUCCUUGCCCUCGACCGUCUGGACGACGCGCUCGGCGCAUGCGACCUCGCGCUCGAGCGUGCGCCGGAGAGCGCCGACUUUACGGCGCUGCGCAAAAAAGCGAGCGACCGUGCUGCGCUGCUCAAGCGGCGCGCCGACGAGCUUGCAGAGAAGAAGCGGCGCGACCAGCUGCUCGACGACGCGGUCCGCGUCGCGUGCGUCGCGCGCGGCCUCUGGGUUGACAAGGUGAGCGGCACAGACGACGCACACACGCCCAAGUUUGAUCCGGACGCCUUGCCUGCGUACGCCAAAGCGUCGCUGCCUCCUAGCGAAUGGCGCGCGCCGGACCCCAUCCGCACGCCGAUGCUUUUCCCCGUUAUCUUCCUGUACCCCCAGCACUCGCAGUCGGACCUUAUUGCCGAGUUCCACGAGGAUACGACGGUUGGACAGCAUCUCGAGGCCAUGUUCCCCCCCGAAGCGCGCGGCUCGCUGCCGUGGGACCCCUCUGGCGAGUAUGUCGCCUCGAACCUCUCGGUCAUUGCCAUGACGCACCAGCGCCGCCUGCUCCGUGUGGGCCACAAACUCUCGCUACGUACGAUUAUGGAUCAGGGUGCGAAGGACGCGCCCGACGGCAAGCCCGAGCACCGCGACGGCCUCGUCCUCCACAACGGCGCUGUGUCCCUGGCCGUUUUUCCCAAGGGCAGCGCGGCCGAGCGCACCGACUCGGAUGUGUAUGCAGGCCGUGAUGAAGAGAGCAUUGAGCGGCUCGAGGAGGAGAUCGAGAGCCUGACCACAACCGUGCACGGCCUGGACGCGUACCAAAUCGUCGACAAGCUCGGCGAGGGGACCUUUUCGUCGGUGUACAAGGCAAUCGACGUGUACUAUGACCUGUACAAAAACGAGCCGUGGGCGAAGAGCAACACGCCGCGGAUCGUGCCGCGGCCGCCGAAGCCGGGGGCGGUGUACGUCGCGUUGAAGCGCAUCUAUGUCACGUCGAGCACUGCACGUAUCUUGAACGAGCUCGAGAUUAUGGAGACGCUGCGCGGCAAGCCGUUCCUUGCGUACCUCAUCACAGCUUUUCGCAGCGCCGACCAGGUGAUUGCCGUGAUGCCGUACAGUCGUCACACCGAGUUCCGCGACUAUUAUCGUAUCAUGCCGCUGUCGGACUUGCCGUGCUACUUUUACUGCCUUUUUUCCGCACUCGAGGCGAUGCAUGCAGAAGGCAUCCUGCACCGAGACGUAAAGCCCGCCAACUUUUUGUACGAUCCGCGCACGGGUUUCGGCACGCUGUGCGACUUUGGACUGGCGGAGCGCGUCGAGCCGGGCGAGUGGCGCAACAAGUGCCAUCAUACAUGCCCGACGCCGGAGCAUCCCCACGGCGAGCAGGGCAUCAACCACUCGACACACAGCAGCCAUCUCCUUCCUGGCGGCGCACUCGCGCGCGAAGACCGGCCGGUGUCCCAAGCGCGGCCACCGAUGGGGCCGCCGAACCGCGUCGGAUACCUGCGCGCCGACCCCCGUCCGGGCGUGCGCGCGAACCGCGCAGGAACGCGCGGAUUCCGUGCGCCAGAGGUCCUCUUCAAGUGCAUGGACCAGACGCCCGCGGUGGACAUUUGGUCGGCUGGCAUUAUUCUGCUUUCGUUCCUGCUGAAGCGUUUCCCCCUAUUUAACGCGAACGACGAUACAGAAGCACUGCUAGAGCUCGCUACGAUCUUUGGCUCACGGCGCAUGGAGCAGUGCGCGAUGCUGCACAACCGCACCUUUGCGUCGAAUCUGCCGACGGUCGAUCACGGCGGGCGGCGCAUCCCCGAGCUCGUGCAGGACCUGCGCCCCGAGCUCUUUGAGCCGCCGCCCGGGCACCCCGAUCCGAGUGAGUACCGCCAGCAGGUGCAGCACGUCGUGCACCUCGCCACCGGCUUUAGCGGCGAGGGCGAGCCCCUGGCGGCGACCGCCGACAUUCUGCGUGUGUACGAAGAGGCGGUGCAGGAGCCGAUGGUCGAGUGCAUCAACCUCGACGCGCUGUAUACCAAUGCCCAGGCCGAGUCGUCGGACCGCGAAAAUGCACAGGUCCUGCGCGAAGACUUUUGCUCGACCGGCAUCAUUGCGCGAUCGUGGCUCGCGCUGCGGGGCGAGAACCGCUCGCAAGGCGUCGAUAUCGACCUCGAUGCGCUGCGCGACUCGCAACGGCGCUGGGGGGCGAAGCGCGUGCAGCUCCUGCAGAGCGCGGCGUAUGCGAAAGCUACGCACACGACCGAGCUUGUGAGCGACGCCGCGCCCGAUGGCGCACCCGAGGAGCGUGCGCCGCAGACGUCGACUUGGGACGAGGGGCAGGCGAGCGCGCGCUUCGACCGCCGCCAUGCAAAGAAGCUGCAGCAAAAACCCGAGGCGACCGCGCCCGAGCCGCGCAUGGUGCUCCUGCACAGCGACGUGCUCGACCUGCCCGCCGCGCCGAUGGCCGACGGCGCGACGCUCGAGGCGCCGGAUAUCGUCGCGUCGCUCAACUACGCAAUGGCCUACUUCCACGACCGCAAGACGCUGCUUGCCUACCUCAAAACGGUCGUGGGAAGCUUGCGGCCCAAGACCGGCGUCUUUAUCACCGACAUGUUUGGCGGCGCACCAACCGGCGAAGAGUACGAGGACCAGCAGGCGCUCUGGUCCACGUUUUGGGACGAGCCUGGCUUUUUGCGCUCGGCGGCGGACCGCGACCAGGUGGUCCUGGACGCGGACCGCAGCGACGUGCGCCGCGCGCGCGGCGCCAACGACGACCUCCAAGUAUUCCCUGCGCCGACCGAAGAGCAGCGGGGCACACGCCAAGAGUGGCCGCGGGGCCGCCUCAAGCUCGUGCGCAAAGGCGAAGAGCACGGCGGAUUCGAGUACUGGCGCGAAGACGGCCCGAUCGACUACGCAACGAACCGCUUCCGGAUGAGCCUGAGCUUCCGCUUCAGCGACCAUUCCUGGAUCCGCGACUUUUUCUCGUACGACUUUCGCAUCUGGUCGCUCAAAGAGCUCACUGAGGCGAUGGAGGAGGCGGGCUUUGCCUCGGUGCGCGUCCUCGUCCUGCCCCGCAACGAUAUGGACUCGUACGUGGACGAGAGCGACGACGAGAUGAGCGGGAGCGACGACGAAUUUGCGUUUUUGCGGCGUACCGAGAAGGAGGAGCGCCAGCGGCGCAUGUUCCACACGGUCCAGCCCGGCGAAAAAGUCUUUUGCUCUCGUUCAUUUGCAACAUACAUAGUGGCGCGCGCGCCGUAA